AUAUUCAUGAACUAGAGUUUCAUCUUAUAUAUAGAAAAGACAAGAUCGGAUCCUUUGUACUCUCACAAUCUCAUAUCUCACCAUGAAUUUUCUGGUCAUAAUUUCCUUAGUUUUCCUCACUUCACUCUUCCUCUUAUUCUCCAAAAGGAAACCAAAACAUCGUCUUCCACCAAGCCCCCCAUCGUUACCAAUUAUCGGUCACCUACACCACCUCGGCCCACUCAUCCACCAGUCCUUCAAAAGCCUCUCCACCCGCUACGGCCCGCUAAUCCACCUUCGUCUAGGUUCGGUCACUUGUUUCGUUGCGGACACUCCCGAACUCGCCCAAGAACUACUCCAAAAAAAUGACCUUGCUUUCUCUUAUAGAAAACACACCUUAGCCAUUGACCAUAUUACUUAUGGUGUUGCCUUUGCAUUUGCACCAUAUGGACCUUAUUGGAAAUAUAUAAAAAAACUGUCGACAGUAGAGCUUCUAGGCAGCCAGAAUCUUGGCCAUUUCCUCCCCCUUAGAACACAUGAAAUCCAAGAGCUUCUGCGAACGCUAACCGUGAAAGCGAAACAAAAUGAGAGUGUGAAUAUGACGGAUGAGUUGUUAAAGCUAGCAAACAAUGUUAUAUGUCAAAUGAUGAUGGGUAUCCGGUAUUCUGCGACUGAUAGUGAAGCAGUGGAAGCCAAGAAUCUUGUUCGGGAAGUGACAAAGAUAUUCGGAGAGUUUAAUGUAUCGGAUUUCAUAUGGUUUUGCAAGAGGUUAGAUUUGCAAGGGUUUGAGAAGAGGUACAAAGAUAUACAUAUAAGGUAUGAUGCUUUGCUUGAAAAAGUCAUGUCUAAGAGAGAAGAAAUGAGAAGAAGAGAAGGAAAAGGCAAAGAUGGCAAAGGGAAAGAUUUUCUGGACUUGUUGCUUGAUGUUUUGGAGGAUGAGAAAGCUGAGAUUAAAAUUACUAGAAACCAUAUCAAAGCCUUGAUUUUGGACUUUUUUACGGCAGCAACAGAAACAACCGCCGUAACCAUGGAAUGGACCUUAGUUGAACUUAUCAAUAACCCUAAGGUCAUUGAAAAAGCAAGACAAGAGAUUGAUGUGGUCAUCGGAAACAAGAGGCUAGUUGAGGAGUCUGACACGCCGAACUUGCCUUACAUUCAAGCAAUCAUAAAAGAAGUCUUCCGACUUCAUCCACCUAUUCCUAUGGUUAUACGCAAGUCGAACGAAAAUGUCACCAUUAAAGGAUACGACAUCCCUGUUGGCUCCAUAUUGUUCGUUAAUAUCUGGUCGAUCGGAAGAAACUCGAAGUAUUGGGAAAGCCCAUUAGAGUUCAACCCGGAUAGGUUUUUAGAAGGUGGUGCCCUUAAAGGUUCUUUAGAUAUUAAGGGCCACAAUUUUACACUUUUGCCUUUUGGAACUGGGAGGAGAAGUUGUCCUGGCAUAAACAUGGCAAUGAGACAGCUCCCUGUGGUGAUUGCCACACUCGUACAAUGCUUUGAAUGGAACGUUAAGGAAAAACGACGGUUAAAUGUGGAUGAGCGUGGCGGAUUGACGGCUCCGAGGGCAACGGAUCUUGUGUGUUUUCCCUCGGUUCGCAAAAACUCCCCAUUUAAGGUUUAGGGUUUAGGGCUAUGUGUUAUUUGAGAAUUCAUCUCGAGAAUAUUUAUAGUAAAUCCUGUAACAAUAUACAUGAGAAGUACUAUAAAAGACAGACAUACCGAGAAAGAAUAAAUAAAUGUAUUGGUUAAACCUA